CCGGACCACCCCCCCUGGGGAGCUCAGCGGCACCCACCCGGACCCCCCUCGGGAGCUCAGCGGCACCCACCCGGACCCCCCUCGGGCGCUCAGCGGCACCCACCCGGACCACACUCGGGAGCUCAGCGCCAACCACCCGGACCCCCCCUCGCUAAGCGCGAUCGCCCUCGCCCAUGGCGGACAGCACGGGCCCGGAGAAGACGUGGGACGCGUACGGGACCCCCUCUGCUCGGGAGGGGUCCCGGCCCGGUGCGUCGGCCGUUAUCGACAUGGAGAACCUUGACAACGCAUCUGGUUCCAGCUUCGAGGAGGUGGAUGAGCCGGGGGGACCCGCGCGGGAGCGUCGCGGGGGCGGCGGGGAGGACGAGGAGUUCCUGGGCAUCUCGGGGCUACACAGGGAGCUCGGGAAACAGGUGGUCGGACAGGUGUUGUCCGCGGGCUCGGAGCGCGCAACCAAGGCCUUCGCCUUCUACGCCAACAUCGACUUGCUGCGGCCAUACUUUGACGUGGAUCCCGCGCAGGUCCGCGAACGCCUCUUACAGUCGCUCAUUCCCAAGCGCCAGAUCAACCGGCCCCAGGGAGUGGAGAGGGAGUUGUACGGGCCGCUGAUGCUCGUCCUCACGCUGGUGGCCAUCCUGCUGCAGGGCAUGAAGUCCUCGGGCACCAUCAUUAGGGAGGGCACGCUGAUGGGCACCGCCCUGGCCACAUGCCUGGGGUACUGGCUGGGCGCCUCCGGGCUACUCUACCUUCUGGCCUACGUGACCGGAACACGCAUCUCCAUGAGUCAAACCCUGGCGCUCAUUGGCUACAGCCUCUUCGGCCACUGCGUCGUGCUGCUGGUCACGUAUAACGUGCACGUGCACGCCCUCUUCUUCUCGCUCUGGGUAGUCGUCGGGGGCCUCUCCGCCCUCCGCAUGGUGAUGGUACUGGCAUCGCGGGCUCCGGGCUAUCGCCAGCGGAUGGUACUGUGCGGGACACUCGCUUCACUGCACAUGCUGUCUCUGCUGUACUUACACUUCACGUACCAUCGGGUGGUGGAAGAGCUGAUGGAAUCUCUGGAAGGACGAACGUCCAUGGGCCGGGCAUCUCGAUCCAUUACAGACUUGGCCUCCGAGGGCCAAGGCAGCUUGCUGCUGGCUACAACACGGCUCGGAAUCACAGCACAUACAUAGAGGCUCCUCGUGCACACACAUGAUUUCACACACAGGGGGCCCAGACACAGCCCUCCAUGGCAUGUGCUCACAACGUGAAUAAUGUCUGUUAAAGUGAAGUCUUCUGGGUUUGGAUACAUGUUGAGCAUUUCUUCUCUAAAGCUUUUGCAUGCACUACUGCGGGCAGUUACAGGAGUUGAAAUGAAGAUGCCCGCCCGCUUGUUGUUUUCAAGUUUGUUGUCCUUCCCAGUACCUCCGAUUAGCACUGUUGGCUAUGUACGGUGCGAAAGAAGUUCAACAUACAUAUCGCAUGGCGAAGAAGGCUUGAUAGAAAAUUAUGCUGAACGGGCGACCUAACGUAGAAGAUGACACUUGGAUGCGCAAACUUACGUGUUGAAACCUUUCCACUGAUCAUAUGAAAGCUGGGCCUGGUCUCCUAUAGAGACCCCAGUGAGCACCUUGGAUGCCUCUUGAUGGCACAGGGGGUCACCUCGUUACUUCUGCAGUGUCCGUGUUCCAAGGAAACUGUAAAUACCUUGUAUAUUAGGAAGCAUAGCACUUCAUUAAAUAUAAAUAUUUUACUGGUCGUAAUUAACUUUUAAAUGUAUUGGUGGCAAGUGAUGAAUGGGUGUUGCUGUUUUGGGUGUUGGUAGUGCUGUGUAAAGCAGCAGUUAUGGGGCUUCUUGCUGUAGUUGUGCCUUUGCACAAUGUUAAAAUAAACGUGAGGAGGACGUU